GUAAAGUGUGCAGUGCAAGUCUCAGCUGACGUCACACUCAGGGAUCGGCUGCGUCACGUGGUACGACUUUCCAAACCUGUGUGUGUUUUCCGAAGGAAAUUUUUUUUUUAGAGAAACAACAAAACCCUUUUGAUAUUAGAAAAGGCUUUGGAUUCCCACAUACUUAAUGAAGUUUUAUACACUGAACUCAAGGCCAAUGUAAACUAUGAAUAAGGAAGAACGUAACAUGGAGAUGUUGUUUUCCAUAUUUUAUGGUGUUGACGCUGAGAUAAUAGUUAAAGUCAUAUGAUUACCCAAUCAGAUGUCUAGUGCUUGAACAGGGAUAAUUGCAUUAACCUGAGAAGACUCGACUGGACGUUGAGUCCAAAACAUGCCCCACUACGACGAUGUGCCGACGGGCUCGCUUCCGAGUCUACACAGCUUGAAUUAUCUGGCUUCUGAGCACUCUUUAAGCUCUGAACCUCUACCACCUCCUCCCCUACCAGACCAACCACCGGUGGGACCCGAAUUUGACCCCAGUGGAAACGAUUCCGCCAUCGACAUCAAACCCGUCCACCGUUUCAUCCCAGACUCAUUGAAGAACUUCUUCAGGUCCAGUAGUGGAAGCAGCAAGCUGAAAUCCAUGCUUGGCUCAAGCCACAAAAGCUCCACCACUGAGGGUGUCCGUUGCUCUCCACCCCACUCGCCAGUUCCUGGCUCUUACCGUGACCCAUUCGGAGGCUCCGGGGGCAGUUAUAACUCACGUAAAGAGCGCGAAGCCAUACUGUUGGGCGAUCUCGUAGAAUCAGUCGAUGGCCGCACGGUACGCACAGCUUUGACGUACAGUGAAAAAGUUGAGGAAUACAAUCAGCGUUACUCCUACAUGAAGUCCUGGGCGGGACUUUUACGUAUUCUGGGUUGCAUCGAGCUGCUUUUGGGGGCGGCAAUUUUUGCUUGCGUUUGCGCUUAUAUUCACAAAGACAAUGAGUGGUACAACAUGUUUGGAUAUUCGCAACCUGGCGGAUUUUAUGGAGGAGGUUAUGGAAGUGGUUAUGGAGGGGCUUAUGGCAAUGCAAAUUACACCGGACCCAAGACGCCGUUCAUCCUAGUGGUGGCUGGAUUAGCGUGGUUAGUUACCAUUAUUAUGUUAGUCUUGGGUAUGACCAUGUACUACCGAACUAUCCUUUUGGACUCAAGUUGGUGGCCUUUAACAGAAUUCUUCAUAAAUCUCGCUCUUGCUGUCCUAUUUUUGGCGGCUGGUUCUGUUUACGUGAAUGACACUUUACGAGGUGGACUUUGCUCUUAUCAGGUAUUCAAUAAUGGCAUCAAUGGCGCUUUCUGUCGCACUGAGGCCGGACAGACAGCAGCCAUAAUUUUCCUGUUUUUCACCAUGAUUGUCUACUUGAUUGGAGCAAUAGUGUGUUUGAAACUGUGGCGGCACGAGGCAGCUCGGCGAUUCCGAGAACAACAUGGGCAUGUGAUGCACCCAAGAGAAUCUCCUGCCGAUGUGCAUUUGGUUGUUGAUGGCUCGAGGGUCCCAGAGCAUGUUUUAGCACCAGUACAGCACGCAGCCGCCACUGCUAUCUCUAAGCCCAAAAUCGUGAAAGGUCAUAUUCCAGCCGGACACGCCCCCAAACCUGUCAUCAUGCCGGACUACAUUGCUAAAUAUCCAGCUAUUCGAACGGAUGAGCAGCGUGACCAGUAUAAAGCUGUGUUUAAUGACCAAUACUCUGAGUAUAAAGAACUGCACGCUGAGGUUCAAGUGAUUCUGAAGAAGUUCGAUGAAAUGGACGUCAUUAUGCGGAGUUUACCUCAAAACCCCACCAGUCAGAUGGAGCGAGACCGGAUCAACAAAAUUCAUCAGGAGUAUCAGAGGAAGAAGUUGGAUCCUUCAUUUCUGGAGAAGAAGGAAAGAUGUGAGUAUCUGAAGAACAAACUCUCGCACAUCAAGCAAAGAAUUCACGAGUACGACAAAGUCAUGGGGUGGAAUGACGGUUACGGGUGAAACAAGCAGCGCUAGAUUCUAGCGGCAGAACCGCCUGUGAUGGUCCUUCAUUUUCAUGAGAUGUCUUGUUACAUCUUCAGUGUCACGCAUGAAGGGAUGGUAUUGCAUAUAUUGCUAACAGUAACAGUAACGAAAUGGGGGAACAACCAACCAUGCAUGCUCUUAAUAUACGCUCUCUGAGCCUUGACCAACGACUGAAAAAUAUUCGUUUUUAUUUCUUAUAAACUAUAUUUUCAUAUCGUUGUCUAAAAGUGCAUCAAUUGCCUUAUGUUUAAAGAAACACUCUAUGAUUGUAAAUUCAACUUGUGUUUAACUAUAGUUUAAGUCCACUAUGAUUAUCUGUUUAUUUACUGAAUUUAUCUACUGCUGUAUUGGAGUUGUAUUUUAUUAUUUGAACAGCUAAACCUUUGAAAAAGCCUGUAGUUAUUGACCAUAUAUUUUCAGUGUUGUGAAUGCAUUUUAAUGAGUUGAUAAGUGAUUUAUACAUUCAGUUUGUUGUGCUAAUGCUAUAAAGAUUAAAAAGUCAGACCAUUUCAUGCUAAUUUCUAUGCAAUCUUUUAAUAAUAAAAAAAAGAAAUGUAUUUCAGACUGCAGAGUGAAAUUAUCCUCAUAUGUAAUAUUUCAAGUCAGGUGAUGAUAGUGCAAUAAAUGCAUAAA